UUGUCAGAGGAAAGGUCAGAGGAAAGGAGGGUAGCUGCUGUUGAUGGGGCUGUCCAUUUGCUCUGAAGGAGGAGACCCUGCUGAUGCAUCUUUUUAAGAUACCUUCCAUUCUGAGCAUCAAAAAAGAUCAUCUAAUAUUAUCCUAAGUUUAAACAAGAAAGAUGGAUUUGAGGUGAUUGCUCACUCGGCUCUGCUGCCCUGGAGUUGCUGCAGAGCAGACCCCUGGAAAGACACAGCACAGGAAAAUAGUCCUGUGCUGCAAUACAGUGUUUCACACCUGCACAACCAUCUAGGAGAUAUCUCAUGUGAGCAAAGAUCACGGGGCUCCUGAGAUGAUUUAAUCUGUGAUGGAAUGACUUCUGGGAAAUGACUGGAGUAUUUCAGCAAAGGACACCCAGCAUCUCUGCCCUCACUGAUCCGUGACAAAGUCCGAAAUGAACCACACUUGGACGUAUAACCUGAGCUUUGGUGCUCCUGCAGAUCCUGUUCAGCCAAGGGCUGGACUCUCACGAAGUGGACACACAGUAGUGGCUAUUUUUCUUGGAUUAAUCUUGUUUUUUGGUUUCUUGAAUAACUUGAUUGUCCUCAUCCUCUUCUGCAAGUUUAAAACCCUUCGUAACCCAGUCAACAUGCUUCUCCUGAACAUCAGCAUCAGUGACAUGUUAGUGUGCAUCUCGGGCACUACCCUCAGUUUUGCAUCCAACAUCCGUGGCAAAUGGAUCGGAGGGGACCAUGCUUGUAGGUGGUAUGGCUUUGUCAAUUCCUGCUUUGGUGUCGUGUCCCUGGUCUCCCUGGCUGUGCUGUCCUAUGAGCGCUACAGCACUCUCACCCUGUGCCACAAGCGCAGCCAUGAUUUCCGCAAGGCUCUGCUGGCAGUCGGUGGCUCCUGGAUUUAUUCCCUGGUCUGGACCCUGCCACCUCUGCUUGGCUGGAGCAGUUAUGGGGUAGAAGGUGCAGGCACAAGCUGUUCUGUACGCUGGUCCUCGGAGUCGGCCGAGUCCACAUCCUACAUCGUCUGUCUCUUCAUCUUCUGCUUGGCUGUCCCCGUGAUGGUCAUGGUGUACAGCUACGGGCGCCUCCUGUACGCGGUUAAACAGGUUGGAAAAAUCCACAAGAAUGCUGCCCGCAAAAGAGAAUACCACGUCCUGUUCAUGGUGAUCACUACAGUUAUCUGUUAUCUGGUCUGCUGGAUUCCAUAUGGGGUUAUAGCAUUACUGGCUACAUUUGGCAAGCCAGGUGUUGUGGCUCCAGUUACAAGCAUCAUACCUUCCAUCCUAGCAAAAAGCAGCACUGUUUGCAAUCCCAUUAUCUACAUACUUAUGAAUAAGCAGUUUUACAAAUGCUUUCGUCAGCUUUUCCACUGCCAACCUCCUUCCUCCACUGAUGGAGAGCCCACCUGCCAUUCCAAGGUAACUGUUAUCCAGCUGGAUCAGAGGGUGGACGGUGGAAACGUGUGCAAUAACGAACCACAUCCAGAAACAGACACUAAAAUUACUUCUCUCCUGCACCCAGAGCCAAUUAAAAAAGCUACACCACCAUCAUCUUAGGAAAACCGUCUCUGAUGGAAAGUACAAGCCUUAACCAAAGUGUGUUUUAUUUCAAUGCCACAUUACCAAGCUAACUCUAAAAGUAAUAAAGGAAGUUGCCCUUUGUGGGAUUGGAAAACUGUCAAGAACAAAAAUUGUGACUCCUUAGUAACAGAAAAAUAGCUACUUAACUCCAGGUAUGGUUCAACCAUGACAAAAUUUUAAGCAGUAUCAUUGACUUUCCUGUAAAAUAGUUAAUGGAGGACUUAGAAGUGGU